GAAAGACAGCGAAUGACGUACAAACUGGAGGACACGAGUUUGCGGCUCAAGGAUGAGAUGAAUUUGUACAAGAAAAUGAUGGACAAAAUGAGGCAAAACAGACUUGAGUUUCAGAAAGAACGGGAGGCCACCCAGGAGCUAAUUGAGGAUUUGCGGAAGGAGUUGGAACACUUGCAGUUGUUUAAGUUGGAGACGGAGCGGCCUGGGCGAGGGCGCAGUGUGUCGGUGGGGAUUCAGGAGUAUAACUGGCGGAGUCGGGAGCUGGAGCUGGAGCACGAGCUCAAACGCCUCAAACUGGAGAACGUGCGGCUGAGGGAGCAGAACGAGGACCUGAACGGCCAGAUCCUCAGCCUUAGUUUGUACGAAGCCAAGAACCUGUUUGCGACACAGACCCGAGCGCAGUCACUGGCUGCGGAAAUCGACUCGGCAUCUAGAGAUGAGCUGAUGGAAGCUCUGAAGGAACAGGAGGAGAUUAACUUCCGGCUGCGGCAAUACAUGGACAAGAUCAUCCUGGCGAUCCUCGACCACAACCCCUCCAUCCUUGAGAUCAAGAAAUAGGGGCCAUUGGCCUGACCCUGGGUCUCACACUCACACUGGCCCUGGGGGAGGAAGUGCCAGAACUAUCUGACAUAAUGUGUUUACAUGAAUGUUUAGUCCACACUGUCUGUGAAUCAAAGGGACGUUGCUGUGUCUCUCCUGCACUUUGUCCCCUGGGAGCAGGGCUGUACUGACGUUCUCGCUGUCUGUGUGGAACCCGACACCUGCUCAGCUAAACGGGGAUGAUUCUGUAGAAACUCAGUCACUCAGUCGCUUGAGUUGCUGGGGGGGGUCUCGCUGGCCUCAGCAGAUGUCUUUCUUAUUUUAACAGAUUAUAUGAGAAAUAGAUUGUGUAAAAUAAUGAUUCCGUUACAUGUAUAUAUAAGGUUUCAAACACUGGAAAGUAACUAAUUUAUUAGAGUGGAUUAGUUUGACGUUUCUAUGGAGCGAUAGCUGCUGGAGUCAAUGUCUGCUCUAGAGCCGGGCAGGGGGUGGGGGGGGGGUCUAGCUGUCUGCCCUGGCGCGGGUUGGAAAGGGAUGUGGGGGGGGGGGGUGGUUUGGAGGGGCAGCGGAUGGGGGGGGGGAAGCUCGUCGACACUUGAGUAAGGGAACCUGUGCAUUGAGGGGCCAAUGGCAAUGACCAAUCUGUUUCUGUGAAGCACCAAAUCUGGUGAUUGAGAGACACAGAAACACAAUGUAAUUAACGGGAUUUUCCUUUUCCUUUGGUAAGGAGCGUUGGGAGGUGUCACAUGAUUCUUCAGCACAUCGCUUUGUAUUUGUGCUUCACUGUCUCAGGACCCAGUAUAACCUCUCUCUUACCCCAACCCCACCCACACCCCCACCCUCCCCACGUCCACACCCACCCGCCUCUAACAUCUCACUGCUCUUUGCUGGCAUUUUGUUCAGGUGUAAAUUGUGUAUAUAAAUAGUUGAAAUUUUUAUUCAUGUUCACGCUAACUUGUAAACAGAAAUUACAGCCUUUUUUAACUGUGAGAAAUUGUCCUGUUGCUGUGAGUUGAAAUGUUGCUCUUUGUACUGUCAGGUGUUUGGAGGCAAACGAAUAACCAACACUUUCUGCACUAAUUCUCUCAACCCCAUUUCUGUAAAUUACUUACAAUUUUUUUUCCAUAAACGGUGCUGAUGUUUAUCGGUUGAUUGUUUUAGCACAAACGGGCAGCUUUGCUCAUGAUUUUUUUUUAAAAAAGUAAAACUUAUAUCAACAGUUAUACUGUGGAAAUAAUGCAAUAUCACCUCUAGAACAAUCAGAUUGAGCAGCUUCUGAGGAAACUAAUUCUGUAUCUUAUACAAUUGUGUCUCAAUUAUUGUAUCAGCGGCAGAGAAUCACCCCCCCUCCCCCACCGAGUGGCCGCUGUUUUCUGUAAUGUUCAAUUCCUAGAAACAAAUGUAAAUAAAAUCGUCUGUUGCUCGCAUGGAAAGUGACAAGGCUGCUCGUCCAA